UUCGACGAUUCUAUCUCAUUAAGGGGAGAGAUGUGGUGCUAGAAGAAAUAACGCAUAAGAAAUACGAUUCACAGAUUAUGGCUGAUUCUCUGAAAAAUGAUUUUUCUUUCGAAUGGAAAAUUAAAAACUUGAGUUAUUGUUGGCUGAAGAAAGGAGAACCAAUAGUGAGUCCCACGUUUCAUCUGGGUCCGCCUCCACUAAAGAAAUGGUCUCUACUUUUGUAUCCUAGAGGAGUCAUAUCUGAAACACACGUCGGUAUUUAUCUUCGAAGAGAAAAUUAUCCCUAUGAGCCAAAAAUUAUGGAUGUAAGUUUACAGUUUUCAUUUCUGAACAAGAAUGGUUUAAUUUUGGAAACAAAAUAUGGAACAAACCGUGUUUUUGCAACAGCCGGUGUCUCAGGCAUAGGAGAAUUCAUAACACAAGAUAAAAUUUUUGGUACCGAAAGGGAAAAGUUAUUUCCUCGUGAUAUUCUGAUUGUGCAAUGCUCAAUAUGGAUAAAAAAUGUGCUACUUAUUAAUCGAAACCCUAAUAUAUCUGUGCAGUCAAUUUUCAAAUUAAAUCACAGAUCUUUUUUCUGGAGUAUCAAUGGAUUCAGUGCUCUUGGACCAGAGCAAAGGAAUAAAUUUGUGAUAAUGAACGAAUCCAAAAAGGUUUUAAUGAGUUUCUCUCUCAUUUCAGGUUUUGAACGAGAAAUAAAUCUAGUAAUAAGUUCUUGGGAUGAAAGCUUGAAAUCUUUUACUUUUGAUAUUUCUGUUUUAGAUGUCGGACAAAAAAAGAUAGAUUUCGGAAGGCACACAUUUCUCAAUGGUGAUUUUAAUGAAAGAAAUACGUUACUGAUAUCAAGAGAGCAGUUGAUGGAUAAUGCGGAUUGCUUUUUGCCAAAUGAUGUCUUAUCUCUUGUUUGUGAUUAUGUCUUUUCAACUGGAACUAUUUUACAUAUAUGCGAAGAGAAAAAUUUUGGAAUUAUUUCUUUUAACAAUACAAGAGAAAUGACAGAAAAUGAGAAUGUGUCAAAUGUCUCACAAAAUGAAUUUCAUCAGACACAGGCGCUGGUGGACGAUUUGAAAUCUAUGUACACAGAGGCCAUCCUCUCUGAUAUAGAACUUCGUACUUCGACGCAGACUUUCCGGACCCACAAAAGUAUUCUCAGUGCCAGAUCCGAUGUAUUCAGAAGAAUGUUUAGCAAUGACAUGAGAGAGAAGUAUAGUGGCCACGUUGACAUCAUUGAUUUAGAAGACGAUACUGUGCAUCAGAUGUUGACGUACAUUUAUACAGAUGCCUUGGAAGAUCUGCAGUUUGAAAGUGCAUGCCAAUUGUACUCGGCUGCUGAUAAAUAUGCCAUCUUUCCUUUGAAAGAUAAAUGUUCUUAUUUCUUGAAAGAAAAGGUUUGUCCUACCAAUGUCUGUGAGCUUGUGUCCUUGGCUUAUAGACACCAAGACGAAGAAUUGAAAAGGACUAUGGAAGAUUAUAUUUUGGACCAUAGCAAAGAAGUGUUUGGCUCACGUGAAUGGAAAAAUUUCAUGGCCACUAACCUCCAACUAGCAGCGGAUAUUAUGUAUAGGAAAGUCUAUCCAAACUAGGACUAACAUAGUUUGGAUAGACUUUCGAUAGACGAAUUGUUGAAGAAAUAGAGGUUAAAAAAAAUUGACAAUUAGCAAAAAUUUCUGAUUUUCGUAAUCAUAAUUUAAGACUUUUAUUAUUGCAUAUUACAAGAAACAUGUAAACACGCAGAUUUAAUUGACUAUGGGUGCUGCUAUUCAGUCAUCUAUUAUGUUUUUUAAAAUAAUUUUUUAUAGAUGAAGCUGUUUAUUAUAAGCUGCUGAUAAAAAUUUGUUUUUAUAAUUGUAAUUUUUAAUGUAUUUUCUUUGAUCUAUCAUCAU